UUAUUUUUAUUAUUAUUAUCAAAUCUCUCUAAUUCAUGGCCCAAUUUCUCCCUCAUGAGCAAGGAAACUCUCGUCAAGAUAUUGAAAAUGGUGGCGUCCAUGAUCCAUGGCCAUCAGGAAUCCAAGGAAACCCCACACAUCUGAACAUUCCACAACCUUCGUCGGAAAUGAUCAUUGCUAUCAUCGCUAUGGAAUGGAUGAUCAUCGCGUUUCUCUUGAGCAUCAACAUUCCAAUCAACGGUGAUGAUGGAAACAAUGUCCUGACCAUUUUAUUCCAUCACCAUCCCAUGUCUUUCUACUUUAUUGUCAUGAUCGGCGUGGUAGCCUUCUACUUCACAUCGUGGAUGUGGAUGAUGAUGAUAGCUGGUAGAUUCCAGCCUCCGAUGGCCAGAAUUCUCAUCCUCGUUGUUUUGGUUCUUGGAGUACUGGCCAUUACAGUGUCAUUGAAUGCUCUGAUCCCCAAGUUCAGCUGGAUCGUAUGGAUCUUCUUCGCACCGAUCAUCUGGGUCAUGUUGGAUAUGCAAGGGUGUGAGUGGGCCACCCAAUUGACGGUCAAGAUUGGGAAGCCGGUUGAGGAAGGGUGUAAGUGGGCCACUCAAUGGACGACGGACAAGAUUCGUAGCCUCUAUGGUGAUCGUUUCUGUUGUUUACCUAUUCGCAGUCCCAGCUGUAGAACGACCCAGACAGUGGCAGUGAUCCUCAUCAUCAUAUUCAUAUGAGAUUUCUAUAUCGUUGGAUCGUCUAUACUAUAUAUACGGGUAUGAUAUAAACCAUUCAACUUUAGAUUUGUUGAGAAAUCUAAUAUAAUCAUGAAUGGGAGGUACUGGAUGGACGGAUUUUGUUUCUAAAAUGUGGAGAAAUGUUUUACUCGGUUACGAUCUCUCUGUUGAAAAACCUGUUUUGGUUAUGCACGGUCAUUGCAAACUGAAUAUUUUUUUAUGGCUAAGUAAAUUUUUUUUGUCUUAUCAUGGGUGCCAAAAACCUGUUGUGGAUCGAUUUGUAGUUUUUGUCAUGUAACAAGUGCGGGCAUAACAUAAUUGAAUUUGCCAUUCAAUUCAAACCGAACAACUAUGACCCCAAGUACCGAGAUAGGCAGGUACAUAUUAUAUGACCAAGAUUGAAUGAGAUCGAUUGCCUAUUCAGUCACUCGCUUAGUAUGUAAAUAAUAUCAGGUGAUAUUCAGAGAGUAGAGCUCCUCCUCUAAUGAUGGGUUACACCCUAUGCCUUCUGUAUGAAUAGAUAUAAAAGAAAAUACAAGAUGUUCAAAGAAUGAGUGGCUAGCUCGGGACCAUUGAACUUCCAUACAUGGGAAAGGGAGAAAUUCCAUAUAAGAAAUGGGCAGACCCCCUUCUCUCAAAGCUAAGGGUCCACCUAGAAUCGACCCCAUAACUGUUCGAAAAAAUGUCCAACAGAAUGUCGACUUGGGAGACAAAAGAACAAGGGAACCUAUAGCAGUUAUGUCACAUGUAUGUGGAAAAGCCUCAAACAACAUCCAUCAUAAACACAUAGAUGAUCAAGAAUUCAGAUCGUCGGUCCCUUCUCCACCUGUUUUGGAAGCAUCCACAUCCCAUUCAACAAAGCCUUCAUCUCAAGAGAACCAUCCAACUCCUCUCCAGCAGUCACACAAAGAAUCAAGAUUGACAGACAAACUGGGCGCGACACCUCUCCAGCAAGA